GGGACCUUCGGUUGCUUUGGGCUCUCCGUCCGCUGAGGGUGCUGACUGAAGACCGUUCCGUGGGCGACGCCGUCGCAAUGACCAUUUGUCAGUUCUUCCUUCAAGGCCGGUGCCGCUUUGGAGACCGGUGCUGGAACGAACAUCCCGGCGCCAGGGGUGCGGGCGGAGGACGGCAGCAACAGCCCUCAGGUAGUAACAGACGUGGAUGGAAUACCACCAGCCAAAGAUAUUCCAGCGUUAUCCAGCCAUCCAGCUUCUCCAAAUCGACACCAUGGGGGGGCAGCAGAGAUCAAGAAAAGCCUUCUUUCAGUUCCUUCGAUUCUGGAGCUUCAACUAGCAGGAACAGAGGGUUUGGAUUGUCCCAGAAUCCAUUUGCUUCACCCAGCUCUGAUGGGCAGAAAGAUGAUAAGAAGCUUCUGGAAGGAAUUAUAAAAGAUAUGGAAAUUUGGGAAUCAUCAGGGCAGUGGAUGUUUUCUGUUUAUUCGCCAAUGAAAAAGAAACCUAAUAUUUCAGGUUUUACAGACAUUUCACCAGAGGAGUUGAGGCUUGAAUACCAUAACUUCUUAACCAGCAAUAACUUACAGAGUUAUCUAAAUUCCCUCCAACAGUUAAUAAAUCAAUGGAGAAACAGAAUAAAUGAACUGAAGAGUCUAAAUACAUCAACUAACAUAGCCUUGCUCUCAGAUGUAAAGGAUGGAGUAAAUCAAGCAGCACCUGCAUUUGGAUUUGGCAGUACACAAGCAGUAACAUUUGGAUCACCAGGUUUUCCAGUGAAUAACAGCAGCAGUGCUAAUGCUCAGAAUUUUAGUUUUAAACCAAGCUCUGGAUUUGCCUCUGCCCCUUCUGGAAGUCCUCCUGUGUUCGGGAAUACUCCAGCAUUUGGAGCUGCAUCCUCUGCCAGUUCUGCCAUCACUACUUCUGUUCCAACGUUUGGAUUUGGGAAACCUGCAGUCACAUCUGCUGCUUCAUUUUCUUUUAAAAGUCCUGCAGCUUCUGGUUUGGGAUCACCUGGAUUUUCAGGAUUUCCAGCUUCCAUGGCAGCAGGCUCUUUUGGAGCUCCAGGGGCCCCAGCCUUUGGAAGUGGCACGUCUAUGGCUGGUUUUGGUAGUCUAGGCUCACAUUCUCACACUGCUUUUUCCAAGUCAUCUAGUGACACCUUUGGAAAUAGUAGCAUAUCCACCUCUCUCCCAGUCUCAAAUGGCAGCACCACAACAGAUAAUGAAUUAUUCACACCCAGGGAUCAAUUAACAGCAGAAGAGCUAGAACAAUUUCAAUCCAAGAAAUUUACUCUGGGAAAAAUUCCUUUAAAGCCACCACCUGCGGAACUUGUAAAUAUUUGAAAGGACAAUUUUAAAUACAGAAAAGAACAGCUCUUAAAAUUGUUUUGAGUGAUUUGUCUAAAAUUGCUUUGAGUAGUUCAAAUAUAUACGUAUGUAUGUAUAUAUGUACAUAUAUACUUAAAAGGAAUAUAAGCUUUCAUUAAUAACUUUAGGGGUCUUGAAAAUCAAUGUUUUUUUCUAAGUAAAGCAUAAAAAAUACUC